CCAAAAGCUUUGUGUUUUUAAAGAUAUUAGACAUGUUUCUUAUUUUUAAAAAAAUCUUAAUAAUGUAGGAGAAUAAGAGAAACGUUUUUCCAAAAAAGAGAAAUCAUUGUGAUUAUUUUAUCUUAUUGGAAUGUUGGAUAUUAUAGUCUGCUUCAUUAAUCAUCAAGCAUGCUAUGGAUUUUCCAUUUUUAUAGGGUCGGUAUCUCAGUUAAGGUAAUACUGGUAAUUGUUGUAUUCCAUUUGAAGAUGAAAAAUAUAGGCCAAAAUCAUAGACCUUGCAUAGAAGCUGGAUAAUGAAGACAGCUCUGGAAGAACACAUAGAUACACACACACAGACACACAUAUGUAUAAAGUGUACCCACAUAUAUUUUUUAAAGUUUAUUUUUUACAGUUUUAAAGUUUUUAAAGCAAAAAGCCAGCCCCUCCCCUCUCCCAGAGUGGGUGGCCCUGCCCCUCUCUCCAAGUGGGUGGGGACAGUGGUUGCAUGGGCAGCUUUAGCAUUGUGAUGCCACAGGUCCCUCUGGACACACUGCUGCUUGACCACGCCUCCUUUCCCUCUCAUCUUUCUCACUGACCAAUGGGCUUGGAACAUUAAGGCCAUGCCCCUAUUCUGCAUUCUCCUGGGGCCCUGGUUACGCCUCUCUGGCUCAGUCGCACAGCUGCUAGGUAGGUAACUGGAGGCAUUCAGCAGUGCUCACUGGGAUUUUGCUGAUGUGGCCCCAACCCCGCCUCCCUCCCCACCCUGCGAUGUCAGAAAAAACACGACAGGACAAAUUGGCUGCAGCAAAGAAAAAGCUGAAAGAGUAUCAGCAGAGGAACAGCCCUGGUGUUCCGGCAGGAGCAAACAAGAAAAAAACUGGAAGUAGCCCUGAGACAACCACUUCUGGUGGUUGCCACUCACCUGAGGAUAGCCGGUACCAAGAACUAGCAGUAGCCCUGGACUCAAACUCUGCGACAAUCAAUCACCUUAAUGAAAACAUAGAAUCAUUGAAACAACAGAAGAAACAAGUGGAACAUCAGCUGGAAGAAGAAAAGAAAGCAAACAAUGAAAUACACAAAGUGCAAAUGGAGCAGUUAGAGACAAUCAACAUCCUCAUGUUGGAAAAGGCAGACUUGAAGACCACCCUUUACCAUACUAAACGUGCCGCCAGACACUUUGAAGAAGAGUCCAAGGAUCUGGCCAGCCGCCUGCAAUACUCCUUGCAGCGUACUCAAGAAUUGGAGUGGGCUCUCUCUGCUGUGUCUACACAGCAGCAGGAAGAGGACAGGUCCUCGAGCCACAGUGAAGCAGUCCUCCAGCAGCAGUUACAGCAGUCCACAAAGGAGCGGGCACUGCUGAUGCAGGUGACAGAGUCACUUAAACAAGUCCAGCUAGAGAGAGAUGAAUAUGCUCAACAUAUAACAGGAGAGAGGGCCCGGUGGCAGGAGAGGAUGUGGAAAAUGUCGGUGGAGGCUUGCACAUUGAAGGAGGAGAAGCAUGACAUACAUCGGAUACAGGAGCUGGAGAGGAGCUUGUCCGAAUUCAAACCCCAGAUGGCUGAGCCCCUGUCCCCAGCACCCCCAGCAGGGACUUCUGAGGUGAAGCAGCUACAAGAUGAGGCCAGGCACCUGAGGAAGGAGGUGGAAAGUCUAGAGGGAAAGCUGCAAUCCCAGGUGGAAAACAAUCAGGCCUUGAGUCUCCUGAGCAAGGAACAAAAGGAGAGCUUUCGGGAUCAGGAGGAGAGGCUCUGAGAGCAGGAGGAGAGGAGGGUGCGGGAGCAGGAGAGGGUGCGGGAGCAGGAGAGGAGGCUGCGGGAGCAGGGUGAGAGGCUGCGGGAGCAGGGUGAGAGGCUGCGAAAGCAGGAGAAGAGGCUACGAAAGGAGGAGGAGAGGCUGCGAAAGGAGGAGGAGAGGCUGUGAAAGCAGGAGGAGAGGCUGUGGGAUCAGGAGGAGAGGCCGUGGGAUCAGGAGGAGAGGCCGUGGAAUCAGGAGGAGAGGCUACGAAAGCAGGAGGAGAGGCUCGCGCUCUCCCAGAACCACACGCUCGACAAGCAGCUGGCCGAGCCACAGUGCAGCUUUGAGGAUCUGAACAACGAGAACAAGAGCGCACUGCAGUUGGAGCAGCAAGUAAAGGAACUGCAGGAGAAGCUGGGCGAGGAGUGCCUAGAAGCUGCCAGCCAGCAGAACCAACAGCUAGAGACCCAGCUGAGCGUCAUGGCUCUCCCUGGAGAAGGAGAUGGAGGAGGACAUCUGGACAGUGAGGAGGAGGAGGCGCCUCGGCCCAUGCCAAGUAUCCCACAGGACCUGGAGAACCAGGAGGCCAUGAGCGGCUUUAUGGACCUCCCGAAGGAGAAGGCGGACGGGAAGGAGCAGGUGGAAAAACUAGAGCUUGGAUUCAUCCAGCUCUCUGAAGCAACAGACGGCAUGAGAGAGUACAUCACAGUAUAUGAGAUCCAAGGGGCAGUGCCAAACACGUGGCACCAGGAUAUGGAGGAUGUCAUUAGGCUGGCCCAGAACGAGGAGGAGAUGAAGGUGAAUAUGCUGGAACUGCCGAAGCUGGUGUUGCCGCUUGUGGGCGACCACGAGGGGCAUGGCAAAUUCUUCGCCACUCCCCAGAACCCUGCUGAUGAGCCCGCUCCAGGGGCUCCAGCCCCCGAGGAACUUGGGGCUGCUGGCAAGCAGGGUGAUUUUUAUGAGGUGAGCCUGGACAACAGCGUGGAGCCCACACCAGGAGAGGCCAGGAAGGGUUCUCCCCAUGACAACCCCACUGCAGAGCAGAUCGUGUACCUGCUUCCUGUAAUGCAGGACACCCAGGAGCACCCAGGCUUGGCCACCAAACCCUGCAUGCCAUUCUUUUACCGGGCAUCCGAGAACAGGGAGAUAAACAUCAUCAUCAUCUAAGAGCUGGUCAAGAAAUUGAAAAACAACAACAACAAAAAGUUAUGGCGUUAAUCUAGUACACAAUUCAUUUACUUCAUCUGAAUGUUAGAGCCACUCAUGUUUAUUUGUGUUUCUAAUUUACAGUUUAAAUUUAUUUGUAGAAAGUUAGGGAGAGUGGAUCUUUCCCUGAUGUUCACUCUCGCAUCCUUUAGCAUUUUUGUUUUUUAAUUUGAUAAUUGUAAGUCGUUAGCUCGCAUAUCAAGUUUGCCUUUACCUGGUGGGAGUUCAAGCACACAAAGGCCCACUAUUUGUGCAAAAUUAUUCUUGCUGGUUUGGAAUAGGCUGCCAUGGUUUUUAAAAUGUUUUUGCAGCAUGUAUGUUCAUUACAGAAUUCAGAUAAAAUUUGCUUAUGUUCUGAUAUUAUGUUUGAUCGAAUCCUAAUCACAGUGAGCUCUUCAUUAGCUCAAUAUAUGGUUUGCCCUCAAGUGCACACUGUUUAUUACUUUGUAAUAUGCCACUGUGAGUAGUGAUGUUUACAGUUGUUUAAAGGCUGAGAACUGGAAACAGCCUUUCCUCUAUUUUCUGUGUAUUGGGGAUGGGAGUAAUAAUAUUUGGGGGAGCUUUUUAAAUCUCACAGAAGAGGAAAGUGGCCUGCUUUGGCAGGUGCGUGCAGGAUACAGUGUGUUUCCUUCGUUCUGGUGCCAAGAAUGAACGCGGUACUAUGGUAGUUCCCUUAGGAUUUGUAUGUGCUCUGGGCUCAUGAAGAUAUUGCAUCAUGAGCUGUGGCCGUUGUACUCUUUCUCAAUGACCUAAAAAGGGAUUAUUUCUGAGGAAGGAAAGGCUCCCAUCUUUGACUGUGGGUAGGGAAAACCUUUUCUAGCUUAGCGCAUUUAUAUCUACAAUACAUUUUAAAAUCAGAGUCCAUGUUACCUAUUUCAAUCACAUGACUACAGGUCCCAUCACACAAAAGGGCACUGGUUGGCAUUCUUCUUUAUGUAAUUAGUAAAGAUCAUAAGAAAUCCUUUCAGAGUUUAAAUGUCCCUGGAACAGGCAUACAGGCUUUAGUCAAGAAUGAAUUCUAGUGAAGGAAAGCUGUGCGACACCUGGCAUUCCUCUAUGUUCAUGGAGCUUUUUUGAGGCUAGAAUAUUGAUUUUACCAUCUAGACCUCUCUGGCUAAUACCUUUUCUUCAACCACAUAGGUUACUCUCACAUAGGAAUUUACUUCUUUUCCUUGAAUGGAAAACACUUAAAAAAUAACAACCAUUAUUAUAAACCAAUAUAUGUGAGAGUACUUAGUUGAAACAAAAAGAAGUUUUAGUAGACAGUAUUCUACUACAUUUGAAAAUCAAGGAGAUGUUUAUGCAACUUAAAAUGUGUACAAACUGCAGUGCAAUCUACUGUUUGUGAAUGUCAGAGUAUUUUGAGGAAAAAUGUCUAUACAAUUACAGAGUUAUAUUUCCUCACAAAGUUCUUUAUGAAGAGUGAAAUAUGUUUUUAUACCUCUCAGUUUCAGUUAGAGGCAUAUUUUGUGUCAUACUUAUGUUCAUGUGCCUGUACAUGAUGAAUGAAUUAUUUCAGUCAUACAUUGCCUAAAUAAUAACUUUAUGAUGCUUGGGAAAGAACAGCUAAAACUUCAUGAAGUUCUAAUGUCUCUGUUCCAAAAUACGUCACAUUGUUAGAAUGUAGGGAUACAUUAUUAGAAUGUAUGCACACUCCCUGGGGUGGGCAUUUCUAGUUACUAGACCGUCUCCAUUUUUAGCAUUUGGCAUCCUCAUGAUACUUUUAUAAAUAUGACAUUAAUAGGAGAGCAAUAAUACAAUUUUACAGAUGGAAUAACAGAUUUGCCUGCAUUCACUGAAAGAGUGCAAAUACUGGGUGCUUGUGACUUCAACUGACUCUUCCAAAUUGUAUGAGUUUAUCAGUUUAUUAGAUAAGUCCAGUUUCAGAAUGAUAAAGAAAAACUGUUAGACCAAAUAAUGUGGUUAAUUAGCAGUGGUACGAUUUCUUGCCCGAGGGUUUAAAAUAGACUUAAGGUCCUGUUCUUACCUUCUAUUUUGUGAACUUGCCGCUUUUGCAUUAUUUGAGUUCACUUGAAAGACAGUUACUUUAAAUCCAUUUUAAACCCUCGGGCUAGAAAUCGUACCACUGUUAAUUAGCCACAUUAUUUGGUCUAACAGUUUUUCUUUAUCAUUCUGAAACUGGGUUUACCUAAUACAUUGAUAAAUUAUUUUGAAGGAAUUUUUAUAGUUCCAGUCACUUCACUUUUACCCUGACACAUAUAAAUGACUAGGAAUGACCUUCAGAUCGCAUUUAGCAUCUGUAACCAAUCUGACAAUAAUGUGUUCAUCAGGGACCUAUGGAUUAAAUCACAUACUGGCAUAUUUAAGCUGAAUAUCAGCCUGGAAAAUAAAUGCACUAUAUUAACUGAAAUACCACUCUUUGUGUAGGUAUUUUGUCAUAUGUUUAAGACAAAGCUAAAAAGAGUAGAAAUCAUGUCACAAUAACUUAAGUCUUUCUUCAAAGUGCAUGCAGUCGUUUGCAAUACCUCAUUCAGCAAGUAUUUGUUCUCUUCUUCAUUCAGUAUAAGGCAGCUUUCAAUUUGCUUAGAAGGCAACAUUAGAAGGUUAGAGUUCAUCAGAAAUACAGAAUUUUAAAAUGUGAGUUCAACUGAAUAAAUUUUAAUUUCUGUAGGAAGUAAAGAAUCAAAAUACCUGUUAAAAGAUUGCAAUAUAUGAUAAUUAUUUUUAAAGUAUCUGGCUGAACUUGAUAGAUUUUCUGAAAAUGAAUAAAAUCAGUUCUAAAACCAAAGCUGAUUUUUAGAAAAUGUGAAAAUAUAAAUCAGCCCUAUCCAUAAUAGUUUCUCCAAAACUUUAUCUUACAGAGUUACUUUAAAAUAAUAUAACUAUUCAAAAAUGUAACUGCUAUGUUAAUGUUUUGAAAUAAGUUAAAACAUUUUAAAAUAUGAAUACUGUAGUUUAAAACAAAGAAACUGGGGGAAGGAAAAGUAGAGAAAUAAAGUCCAAAGCUUUAUUUGCCAAGUUUUCUUAGAAUGACUUUUACCAAUUUAUGAAUUCUUAUUAACAGAAUGUAUAAUGGAAACACUGAAAGACUUUUGUCUAAAGUGGCAUUAUUGACUGCUAUCAUGAUAUACUGUAAUGUAAUAAAUUAUGAAAUUGUUGCAAAGUGUUGUUUUUGCCUUAAAAUUUUGUGUGUCUUGAAAACCAUAGCAUUAAAGGUAUUGAGACUGUGCAAAUGCUGAGCACACUUGGCAUGA